AUGGACGAUGAGCUAUUGGAGUUGCAGAGGCAGUUCGAAUUCGCUCAGCAGGUCAAGUCGAGCAUCAGGCUGUCGGAGAGGAAUGUGGUGGAGCUGGUGGCCAAGCUCCAAGAGCUUGGCUUCAUCAACUUCGAUCUCCUCCACACCGUUUCCGGAAAGGAGUACAUAACCCCCGUAAAUCAUCUUUCAUCUCACUUAUUUUCUCCGUGAAUUCUAUCUUUCUCCAAGGGUUAAAUUCUUCGCACCCGCCUUUGGUUUUGAUUCCGCCGCGUUUUUUAAGGUUCUUCGUGUAAAUAUUCGAACUCCCGGUUAUUAUUUUGAUUAGACGCUUUCAUGCUGGCUUUGUGGCCCCAAAAUUAUCCCACUGAACUCCGUAAUUCGUAACGCUUCGUGCAGCUUAUGGUUUCACUCCAUCGCCUCGGCGUCAUGGAUUUGUUGACGUGAUUUUCGUACGAUUUUGGAUAGAUUUCCUCUAAUUUUGGCGUUUGGAUGCCAUUCAUUUAUCGUGAAUCCUACACGCGAUUUGAAAUGAUUAUGGGAGUAAUUUGCAUUUCCAAGAAUCUAGUUAGAUGCCCAACAUGUCGUGGAAGGUCGGAACUUUAAACAUGUAUAUUUCUGUUUAAAUCCAGGAAAAAUGAUUUGGCAUUUUUGUUGGCAUUUCACCAAUGAGAUCAGUAGGAUAAUGACAAUUCUACUUAUUUAACGAAUGACAUUGCAGUUGAAUAUUUAUAAAAAAUGUAAAUACUAUGUGGCAUCUGCCAUGCUAGAUAAGCGUUUCAGAUGUCUAGAGUCGAAAUGAUUUUAUAAUUUUUUAUAAUUUCAUUCUAUACAUUCUAAACAUCAAUUCAUGCAGAUAAAAGGAAAUCUGUUUUAUUUUUCAAACUGAUACUUUUUUUGUUAGAGACAAGGGUUAAAUCGGUCUAUAGAAAAGAUAACUUGACUGUGUCAGGCUAUCUGGCGUUGCAGUCAUUAACAGUGGCCGCUCGGAAUUUACUACUUAAAUUAGUUGCAAUAUUUACUUUUACAAAACACUUAUCAAAGGGAUUGACGUCGUUUUGACCAUUUGAAAGGCUUUUCACGCUGGAGUAAUUAAGUGCCACAAAAAUUUUUCAGUCAAAGAAUCAUGCCAAACUCUUAACAUUACUCUCAGGAUGCAGACGUAAAGACCAGAGACCUCGAUAGCUUGAUUCAUGAAUUGAAUUGUCUUCCCAGAAAUCUCUUAGUUUCCUGGUUACAGAGUGAUUCGGCAUACUCUCUGCUGAUUAAGGAAGGGCAAACCUUGUCGAUCCUCUUUCUUCUUUUCUCUACCUUCCGGGGUUCUUUGGGUCAAAAUUUACAUCAUUGGCGUGGCAACUAAGAUUAUUACCGGAGCUGUAAAAUGAAGCCACCAUGCCAUGCGUACUUGUGCUGUAAAAUGAUCGCGACCAUGCACUUUUAUGUCAUAUACCAUUCAGAAAUUACCUUUCAUCUUUCUUUAGAGCACAAUUUUUGAACCAUUGAACGUUGGACUGCAUAUCUCUUAGUGACUCUUAUAUCGUUUUUCUCCAUUCCAAUCCUAACAUGAUGUUAAUGCUUUAACAGGACCAACUUAGAUUUGAAAUGGCGGCAGAGAUCGAAAAGUCAGGUCGUGUUUCAUUAAUUGACCUCUCAGAUAUUAUUGGAGUUGACUUAUACCAUAUCGAGAGGCAAGCUCAGAAGAUCGUGUCAGAUGACUCAGGGCUCAUGUUAAUACAGGGAGAAGUAAUUUCACAGUCUUAUUGGAAUACUGUUGCAGAAGAAAUAAAUGAGAGACUGGAAGAAUGUAGCCAGAUUGCGUUGGCUGAAAUAGCUGCUCAAUAUCACGUUAGCUCAGAACUGGUGCUAUCUGUACUUGAGCCACGCCUGGGAUCCAUAGUAAGUUAUAGCUUUCGUUCUUGGAUGAUAAUGAUGUUAUCCACGUGCAUAUGAUUUUUAAAACUAUCUUUAUUCUUCACAAAAACAUGUUCCACGUAGCACCUAGGUAUAUGCUUUUUAAAGAAUUAUAUGGCCAUUGUUCAUUUACGUGAAUAGUAAUGAGGGGCCAGAAACAGGAAAGUGUCAGCUGGAUGGCAUUAAACCAUUGUUAUCCACCAAAAGCUUGUCUUUUGACCUGGUGUGGGAGAUGGAAAGAGUGAUUCAGAAAAUUUAAUCUAUAAUGAUUAAAACUAGUACCUUUUUUUAAUUCUGUAGUCAUCGGGUAAUACUAAAGGCUACUUGCUAUAAAUGCUAAACUUCUGGAAUAUGGCCUUACCAAUUCAGCAUUUCAUGUGAUGGGUGUGGAGCAUUUUUUCUGUAGAGCAUAGGUCACAUUGAUAUUCUAAUUAAUAAAAGUUUUUCUUACUUGUUAACGUAAUAUUAAUAAAUAGUUUUUUAAUAGAUUUCCAUAGAUGUGCCUAAAUUUUUCAUUCGAAUCUGAGCUUUUUGAUAAUCAUAUCUCAUUUUAAGGAAAAUACAGGAAUAACUAUAUGUUAAUUUUUGGAAAGAGUUGUAUAAGAAUAUAUUUUUGAUACCACGGUCAUAAAUAUUCAUGUAGUUUGUUCUAUAUUAACUGGUCACGAGGUGAGCUGACGCAUUAAUUUAUGAAUGCCACGUAAAAAUGUUUUCAUGUGAUUAAACUAUGGCAGAAAUUAGACUAAAAGUGUGUAUAUGGUGAAAGAAAACCUUCCUCUUUGUCGGUGCUUGUACCUCAUAUUAUGUUUUGGUCUUGCAUACCUUUUUAUCUUAUACCGUUGUGCCAAAAAGAAUGGGCAUAAUUCUAUGACUCAUUUCUGAUCCAUGCUUAUCAGUUCCCUUAUCUAUUGGAUAACUCUUCUAGGUAAAGGUACGAGCAGAGGGUAGAGAAUCAUAUACCUCUUUGGCCAAAUUGAAUGGUUUGGGAUAAUUUUACAAUAGACGUGAUCAGGAAGAUUUCUUAGUUUUGGAUUAACUUACAAAUGUUUUCAUAUCUUAGAAUUGUUUCCCACUGAAAAUGUAUGUUGGAAGGAAGAUUACCUCUUGAUUAUCAUUAUUAUUUUGACAUUAUGUUGUGAAUGUUAGUUUUGAUUUUUCCAUUUUUAUUUCUCUUAACUGGCGUAAAAAUUCACAUUUUUGUAUUGAUUAUUCGUUCACCAAUCACUCAACUUUCUUCAGAUUAAGGGGAGAUUAGAAGGGGGACAAUUAUACACCCCUGCUUAUGUUGCACGUGUUAGUGCUAUGGUUCGUGGGGCUGCAAGGGGUAUCACCGUUCCAACAAAUUUACCAACGGUCUGGAGCUCCUUGCAAUACUUAUUGCAAGAAAUGGUUGGUUCCAGUGGUGUCUCAGUUGAAACUGCGUUUUUCCAGUCAUUGUUUAAUGGACUUGUAAAGGAGGGACAGAUCCUUGGAUCAAUUCGUGCAGGAGUUCAAUGGACGCCUUCUGUGAGAACUAUUGCUUAUUUCUUAUGUAUAUACUGAUACUACAUUCAAUUAUUUCAUAAUAAGUAUCAGUAUUGAACUGUUGACAGGUUUUCGCCCAUGCUCAGAAAGAGAGCGUGGAGUCUUUCUACUCGCAGGUCUUUUUCUUUCCAAGAUAGACACGUAAUUUCCUGCAUGAAUUUUGUGAUUCAUUGGAUAUUCUGUUUAUUUGUUUUGAAAAAAUCCAAAUGGUCUAAAUGCUCAUCUAUUUUUUAAUGUCGCUCAGUGGUGACAUUUUUGUUGAGCUUUCUCAAGUUUAUGAAGAAAGCUGUAACUUUGGUCUAAUUGAACUUUUACUAGUUCUAACGGCAUCUUCUAGUGUGUUAACUUUCCAACCGCUGAUCUUUGUCUUUAGGUCAGCAUUUGAAAGGUCAUUUUGACGUAAUCGGUGCUUGUUGAAAUUUAAGAUCAAAUUUCAUAAAAGGAUAUGAUCUUGAGGUCUGGUUUCAUCCCUUCACUUUUUUUUUUUUCCAUUACAGAAUUCCUUCAUCAGCUAUGAUGUUCUUUACAAACUCGCGAUCCCCCAGCCCAGGCAGUACUUGCAGGUAUUAAGGGGCAUCUUUAUUAUCUUCGAUAUUUUAUAUUUUUUUUGUGUAUUCUUGUUCCAAGAUCCAAAUUUGCUUUCAUGUAAGUGAGUUUCUUAUUUGAUCAGUUGUUUACGUACUUACAUGUAGUCUCGGUAUCCUGAUGGUAUACAACUGGAAAACGUUUUUGUUCGCACUUCAAUGGUAGAAAUGUUGGAUGCUGCUGUGCAGGAUGCAAUUGAGCAUGGUAACUGGUAAGUUUCGCAAGUCUAAUUUAUUUUCUAUGCUCAUUCAGAUAAAUACUCUCUUGAGCUUUAAUUUGUCUUGUUUUACAUCCAUUCCCAUUACCCUGCUUCGUUCCUUGAUCCUUGGAGUUCAUAUUCUGGUUCCCUCUUUAGAGUAAUCAGAUGAUGGCUCUGCUUUUUUAUACUCUUAAGCUUGUCCUUUAAUGGAAACUUAUGUUUUCACUUAUCUAGUUCACAGAUUCUCCUUUUCUCACCUAAUUUUAAAUAUGCUUCACAGAAUAUCAGCUAACAGAACUAAACGAAUCACAAAAAAGAGUCCUAGUUAUGGUAUUCCGAACACCGUAGCUUUUUUCUUUCUCCUGCCACUAGAUUUCAUGAACUUUAUUUAUUGUCCUGUAGGGAUGAAUUCGACCUGUAGAUUACUCAAACAUUCUAAUCCAUCAAAAUUCUCAGGAAUGAACCCAAAUUCAUUUCGAACUCCAUCCAAAUGUAGCUUAUCGAUAAAUUCUUCCAUGUCUGUUGUAUUCAGUGAAAACAAGUGCAGUCUCAAGGCUGAUUGUCAACAGAAUUAUGUCACGCAACUGAAGCCAGCUAUCUUUGUUUCUUUUCCUUUUCAAUCCCAAUGGGGGACAAGAUAUCCCUGGUGGUUCUGAAGAACAGGAAGAUAUGCACAAAAUGUGACGCGAAAAGUCCCAUUGAAUGUAAAAGAAAAAAAAAACCGAAGCAUAAAUUCCACUUUAUUUCUAAUGAUUUCCAAAUCUCUAGUCCAAAUAUAACGAACAGUUUAGUGAUAGAUUCAUCAUAUUGAGAAUUUUACUAGUAUGAGGUUGAUACAGGAUAUAAAAGCAAUUAGAGAAAUACAAUUGCUUGUUUAAUGACUAUUUUAGGCAUGUUGUGUGACUUGUACGUGUAGUCUUGUGGACAAUAUCAUAGAAUCAUUCCAUCAGCGGAAAAACGGGGUUUGACUUCAUGAGAACCAUUCCAUUAGAAUAAAAAUAUUGGUCACGGCAUCACAAGAUCAUCCUAUUAUAGGGAUAAAAAAAUCCAUUCCAUUUAAGGAUGCAGGAAUGACUGUAAGUUGGACAAGAUUAUUAGAUUGGAUGCAUAUACUUUAAUUGGUAUGAAUCCAAUAUUGGAUGCCAAUUGUCCUUAAGGCCUAUACAGAGAACCUCCUUAUUGGUAUGAAUCCUCUGAUGACAAUGACACGUUCUGGAAAAAUCUAUGCUAAUAAGGGUUAAAUUAGGACGAGAGUUUCUCAACGAAAACUACUGAUAGAGGUAGGCACUGGAAACAGGAAUGGACUCUGGUGCCAAAGUAAAGCUUCAAGAGUGGGAAAAAAACUCUUAUUGUGGCAGCCCUGGUAAAGAAAAAAGUACGAAUGUUGAUGGAUGGACAUUGAUCCGUACAGUGACCUACCUUUUUCUGGUUACUCGAGCCAUGGGCAGGACUCCUUUCCCAAAAUGCCUUUAUUCUAUCUCCAAUACCGACAUCUUCUUGCUGCUUCAGCUCCGUUGCACUUUUUUUGCAUUUUAUGUUUUUCAGAUCACACUAUAUAUUAUACAUGCCAAUUUCACUUAGUGCCAAAAUUUAAGUGCAUGCUUAAUUGUACGAACUUAGAUUGAUGUUCGAAUUACUUUGAUUAGAUUCUGGAUUCACUCUUGUUCUGGUUUGGGGUUGGCCUGGACCGGCCAAGAUGAGAUUCAAAACAGGCAAAAAAUUGGUUUUCGUCAGUUUGAUGUGCUCAAUCCUUGCCCUGUUCUGUUUCUCCCAUCUAUUUAAAUUUUGCCUUAAAUUGCUCCACUUUCUCUGUUUUUUUGUUGUUGUAAGUCUGCUGAUGUAAGGUUUAAAACCCGCAUUAUACUUCUCUGAAAUUUUUGCUUCUUAAUCGUUAUAAAUGUGAUGUGGACUCAAAUAUAGAAUGUAUGAUAUCUCAAAAAUGUGGCUUGUGUAUUCCUUUGAGCUUUCUUUGAGCGGAAUGUUCUAAUCAAGCUGUCUUUAGUAUGAUUUUUAAUUUUAAAAUUUUGGGACGAAGGCUAUUUCUUGGUCCUUUUCUGUUGUACAUUUUAUAGGUGCAUAAUAUACCACGAAAAUGUAGAAUAUUUUAUUUUUUGAUUUACUUUUCUCUCUGGUGCACGUACACUUGUGGCCACUUUUCUUUGAGCCUUACUGAAAGAAGCUCUUUUGUCGAUCAGGAUUGACUGUCUUUCAGUUCUACCAGCAUCUAUUGAUCCUCUUGAUGCCUCCAAACUUUUAUCUCUAUCUUCAUCUGUUCAGAGAGCACUUAAAGUAAGUAUUUAAAUCGGUCAUGUAGUUUACAAAGUGAUGGCAAUUACUCGAUUCGAUUUUGUUAAUGUUAUCCUGUCUCUCUCUCUCAGUCCGAAAAAGCAGUUAUCUUGGGGGAGUCGUGUGUAUUUAGCAGUACUUAUGUGAAGGUGAUAUUCUGAUUCGUAAUCUAUCUACGGUACCUCUUUAUAUUGAACGAAAAAUGAAAAAAAAAAGAUUUUUAAUCAGAACUGCUUGUAAUUGAUUAUUUCUACUGUUUUCCUUUGUUAGGAUUUAUUUGAAAAAAUGGAGAAAGAGCUCGAAACACUUAGCUACAAUCUGUCUGCUGGUCAAAUGCUAGAAUAUCAUCAGUCCUCUGUGUCGAGUGAGGUAGAUGUAGAUGAUGCUGCCGGUAAGCAUAUUCCAGAAAAAGGGUCGAAGAAGAAGAAAGGAAAGCUCACUGGUUCAGCGAAGACAGUUAUGAGUGAAAGUGAUCCAUCUUCCCAGGAAAAUAUCUCAACAAGAUCUAAGAAAAAUCAGCGAAAAAGCAAGGAAGCUGCACCUGUUGCUGCCUCUGUUGCAAAAACGGGCAACACCAGAGUUGUGGGAAAAGUGGAGGAAAGCCAGAAUAUUCCUUCUGAAGAGUGGGUAAUGCAGAGGAUCAUGACCCUAGCCCCAGACUUGGAAGAAAUAGGAGGUUUGUUUCUGCUUGUUUGCCAACUAAACUAAGAUAGUCUAGAAUUUUUUAAUCUUUUAACUAAUCUAGCACCUAACUUCAGAUCCAGAUGACCCACAAAGUUUGCAGAAACAUUUGUCAUCUCACUUGAGGCCGAAGCUUGUAAUUUCAUGGAAGAAGAAGAGAAACACGUUACUCAUGGAAAAUGCCGAGAAAAGACGUUCCCUGCUUGACAACUUACAGAAGCAGUUGGAUGAGGUUUGGCUCUGAUUGUGCCUUUCUUCAUCUCUAAAGUGGUAUAUAGCUUAGUAAAGUUGAUAUAUGCUAUAUAGGGAGGUACUAAUAAGAAUCUAUAUUUAUAUUCUAGUUUAGGAUAUUCUGGGCUUUAUCAUAUUAUUUUGACUGCUGCAUUUUCGUGCUCAAGUAAUCUUGCAUCUAUGUGUGAUAGGUUAUUAUUAUUAUUAUUUUUAAAUUGGUUAUCCUUGUUUUCUUUCAAGGCUGUCCUAGAUUUACUGCUUUAUGAGAAAUCACUCGAACUAUUUGAAGAUGAUCCUACAACUUCGGUAAGUUGUUGUUUACGUACACUGAUAUCUAACUUCUAUGCGGCCUUUUUCUGACAACUUCAGUGUUUUUCUUUUUGGUCAGAAUAUCCUACACAAGCAUCUCCUAAAAACAACUGCUGCUUCUAUUGUUGACAGAUUUCUACUCUUCUUGGUAAUGUAUUUCUGUAUUUUCAAAUGGAUUCAUGCUAUUUUUUUCGAAAGUGCGAUUCUUUCUUCUCUAAUUGGUUGCUCCCAACGAAAUGCUGAUCUGUUGACGAUCAUCGUUUCCUGAUGGUCUUACAUAUUUUCCUGAGCACGCUAGAGAAAUGAAACAUGUUUUAUGCUGCAACUGAUUAGUUAACUGGUUGCUUACGAAUUUCUGCCGCAUUGGUGGUGUUUGCAUGAGUGUUACUGGUAUUAAAUUUGCACAAAUUCUUCACAAAAAUUGUCUGCUCGCACUUUUUGUCUCUGCAAUGUACUCCAAGUAGUGGCGGACCCGCCAAAUCCAUGUGACGUGCUAAUGGUUUUCUGAUUCUGUCUGCCUUCCGAAAUUCCAAUCCACCAUUUACCUUUCUGAGCCCUGAUUGAUCCCUACGAGAACCGGUCAGAUCAUGCAUGACUUCGGCCGUCAGUGUAUAUCAUUCGCAGUGAAGUGUUCAUCUACUUGGAUACCACAGAGAAGUAAACACCAGGAUGGUCAGCUUAUGUUACUCCUCAUGCCUCUCUUUCUAGUUCCAGUCAGGUAGUAAACAUUUAUGGCUAGCAUGUAGGAUGUAACUAUGAAUGGGUAGUGUACCAUGUUCUGUUUAUGGGAUCAAAACAGAGAUGGCCUUUUGGAGAGAUUGCCCGAAUGAUUGAUAGCUCCAGUCAGGAAAACCGGUGCAAUUCUGAAGAAUCAUUAAGGGUUUGAGUCCCUCUCUCUCUCUCUCUCUCUCUCUCUCUCUCUCUCUCUCUCUCUCUCUCCCAUUUCUUUUAAAUAUUUCUUGAUUGGACUAAUAUGCUGUCAUAACCCCAAUGGUUUGGUUACAUGGGAUAGGAUUGCUGAGCCAGAACAAGAAAAGUAUAUUUAUUUACAGCAAUCGCAGGUCUAGGGAAGAACACACCCCAAAUCAUGAUCGAUUCCCCUUCCAACUCCCGUUGCAGAUGCCCCCCAAAAAGAGGAAUCCUAGAACAAAAUGAGAAGGUCAUGGUAUCCUGGAAUAGAUCUCCCUUUCCACUUUUACCCACCCUCCAUACGAUACUGGACCUGGAAGCAUACAGAUAAUAUAAGAAUGGGUCACGAGCAAGGAGAAUGUAUGAAGAGAGAGUACCUUCAUUCCACGGCAUAAAAACAGGAGAGAUCCUUCCCUUUUUUUGGGGUAAAAUGGUGCCCGACAUCCUCCCAUCAUCUGUAGAAAGGUAGAAAAAAUUGAACGGUCAAACAAGUAGUAGGCUUUCAAUCUCUGCCACCAUCCACGACCAACUAAUGAAACAAUGAAACAAAAGGCUCCCUGCCAGAGUCCCUGCCAAACUAAUAAAAUGCUUCAAUAUAGUCACCGAGAACAGUAGGGAGAACAGUAUGGUACCAUAUCCUGCAUAAUAUCUAUGAUAUUUCCAUAUUUAAAAGAUAAGGGCUACCGGUACAUCAUCACGCACAUUUAUCUGAAUUAUCUCAUUUCUUCUUCCUUGUAUUCAUCCUAUUAGCAUUUCCAGUACGAUAUGUUACGACCUCGUUUCUCCCAUUUUGCCGGCCUGCCUCCCAUUGCAUGCGAUUUUCUCAGAACAUUUCUCAUGUCGCAUAGGACACGGACAACAAACUGAAGAAUGGAGUGGAGGUUGAAGAUCCCCAGAACCCGGGAGCUGUGCCCUUGUCCCCUGGAGAUCGAAGUGCUCUUGUACGAUUGCCCUCUCAGUCCGUUUCCCCCGCGUUUCUUCACAAGGUUGCUAAGCUGGUUCUUCUGUACACAGGCCAAGAAUUUAUCUGGUGGACUUUCAGCAAAGGCUCAAGCCGCAGUUGACGCACUGGAAGGAAAGGUUCCCCCGCAGAGAGCCUUCUGUCUGAUCUCUUUCAUUUUCCUUCCCAGUACGUCGGAACUUACUGCCCACUUUUCCUUUCUCUGCAUCAAACCCGGCAGCGAGUGGACUCGUUCUUGAGUGCACUUGGAUCCCUUGCAGAGGAGUGGUAAGGAUGCGGACUCACCCAUUUCUAGCUCUUGGUCCCCAGUCAACGUCCUAAUGUGGAUCCCAUUUACAGUGGGCUUCUGGUAAAAAAACUCGACAAGAAGUUAGAGAGGACGCUGCUCCAUUCAUACCGCAAGGUUGACCCCGCCACCCUGCAACUCGCUUUCCACAUAGUUUUUAUCAACUGGCCCGGAAUGACGUUGACUCCUGUGCUGCCUCCAAUGCAAGGAUCUGAUGUCCCAAGUUUCAUCAGAGAUGGACCCGGUCGCCCUUCUUCCCAAGGUCAUAUCUCUCCUUUAUAUACAGGUCAGCAGCCUUCUUCCCUCGUCACUCCCUCUGUUCACUAGUCUGCUGCCAUAUUCAGACCUCGGUGGCUGUUUUCAGGUACAUAACAGGGCUCUUCAGGCGCCCGGUAGGGCUAUUUCUGCAGCCCUUGCUAAGCUGAAGGUAGGGGGAGACCACCUCGUCUCCUCUGUUUUUCCUCUUCUUGGAUCACUUAGCCUCAAAUAAAUAUGCACAUAAAUUACAUGCGGCAGGAUAAGUUGCCAGAUUCGACCUACAAGACCUUAGCGGACUACCACGCGGCGACCGUUACUCUCUUGGCCCUCCUUGCGGCGGCGACCGGAGAGGUGAGUGGGGAUCGAUCCGAGGGAAUGGGCCGCGGAUCGGCCCAUACUCUUGUCUUCGUUGGGCCUUCAUAUCCUUCGUCUCUGUGCAGGAAGAUGAUUGCUCUUCCGACAGAAUUCUGUCCAAGAGAGAGUUACUCGAGAGCAAGAUGCUGGAGAUGAAGAGCGUAGUGCUGAGCAAUCCCAGCUCUUGA